CUUUAAUGGACAAUGUACUGCAAUGUAUGCCUGAAGUACUUGAAAUGCAAAUUUGGGACAACUUUACCAUCUAAAUGCUUGGCUGGAUUAAGCGCCUGAUGAGGAUGGUUUUUCAACAAGUUGGAGUAAGCAUGCAAUCGGCUUUCAGGUGUAGCACUCAAAACGGAUAGUUUUUCUCUUUAAGGAAAGAUCAUAUACUGGGGGAGAAGUUUUCAAGGUACUUUGGUCUGGAAAACCAUAUGGUUCAUCUCGAAGUAUCGUAAGGAAAAUUGGUACUAACUUAUCUCUGAUUCAGUGUCCAAGAGUUCAAUUUCAGUAGUCCUGCCCCAACCUAUUGUAUUUUGAGAAGUCAUCGUUUGAAUUGGUGGUGGAGGAGAAUGUUCUGUAACCAAACAAAUAAUGAAUGAAAUUCCAGAUUUCCAGUAAAGUCCCUAUACCACAACUAAAUCUGGAAGUUAAAAUUAUGGUACAGCCUCAGGAGCAGCCACAAGAGGUGGCACCAGGCCAGGCUGCAGAGGCCACUCCAGAUGUCAGGCUAGGAUUGGGCCCUCCCUGGGAACCCCGCUUCCUCAGUUCAGUGUCCCCAGGCUCUGGGAUGGUGUCCAUCCGUGGAGGUGCAGUUCAGCAGGCCCAGCCUGGGGACUGGGUCCAGACCAACCAAUUCUGCAGGACAGGACCUUGCUGGGAACCAUCACUUACCAGCCAUGCAACAGAAUGGAGUCCCAACCACCUGGGAGAGGAUGCAGUGGUAUCUUUCGCUGAUGUUGGAUGGGUAGCCACAGAAGAAGGAGAGUGUUCAACAAGACUAAGGACAGAAGUCAGGUCAAAUCCACCCCUUCAAGAUGACCUUCCUUUCUUCGAGAAGCCCCCAAGCAGGCAUAUUUCCUUACCAAGCCUGUCUCAAGAAGCGCCUCCACCAAAGAAUGCAGUUCUGGCCAAUGAGGAAGCCCUGCAGAAGAUCUGUGCACUUGAAAAUGAACUUGCUACUCUCAGAGCUCAGAUUGCCAAAAUCGUGACCCUGCAAGAGCAACAGAAUCUCACUGCAGUAGGUGACUUGGUUUCUGCCACAUCUGUUUCCACAGCCCCACCUCCUCCCUCCACGCCGCCACCACCACCACCACCACCACCACCACCACCACCGUUGCCUCCUCCUCCACCACCUCCACCAGGACUCCACCAAAGUAAAUCUGCUAUUGACCUGAUUAAAGAACGAAGAGAGCAAAAAGCCAAUGCUGGAAAGACUUUGGCUAAAAACAAUCCAAAGAAAUCUGACAUGCCAAAUAUGCUAGAGAUCCUUAAAGAUAUGAAUAGUGUAAAACUUCGGUCAGUUAAGAGGUCAGAGCAAGAUGUAAAGCCCAAGCCAGUAGAUGCUACUGAUCCAGCUGCCCUCAUAGCAGAAGCUCUGAAAAAGAAAUUUGCUUAUCGAUAUCGAAGCAAUAGCCAAGGAGAAAUUGAAAAAGGAGUUCCAAAGUCUGAAUCAGAGGCUACCUCAGAGAAGGCGUUGUUUGGGCCACAUAUGUUGAAAUCUACAGGAAAAAUGAAGGCUUUAAUUGAAAAUGUUUCAAACUCCUAAUGGACAAUGAGCUGAAAAAAACUCCUGGUUCAGCUGGUUUGGGAGGGCUGAAUUUGGCUAGUAGAAAUCAACACUAUUUAGUAAAUACCUGGCUUUAGUAUUCAGUGGUGUACUUUUUAACCUAGAGGAUUAAGCAAUAAUGGAAGCACCAUAACUUUGUUUUGCUUUUAUGAGAUGGUCAGUUCUGGAGCGUCCUAUAACAUACUGAAUUCUGACAUGUUUUUCACAUUUAGCCAGGAUGUUGAAGCCUCCAAUCUUAAAAACAUUUGAAAGAUUUCAGAACAUAGAAAGGACAUUUGUGGAUUUUACUGUACAUUUUAAAAUUCUUAACACUAAUUUAUCUGUACAAAUGUUUUAUAUACAUAUAUUUGGAUAUAAAACAGUUUAAAAAUUAUCAGUGAAUGACAAUGAGGGUAUUAUUAUCUUCAUUUGUUUUCAGUGAGCAUUUACUAUUCAAUAUGGGUCAGCUGGUAUAAUGUAAGUUGUUGGAAUAAAAUAUUUGAGAUUAGAAUCUUCUUGCCUCUAAUAGAACUUUUAUCUUAGAUUCUCUCUCACAUUUUUGGAAUGGAGCUUUGAAUAGGAACCAGUUGAUGUUCACUGCUGCAAUUCCAUAUGCUUUCCAUUAGAGGGAAGUUGAGAACCAGGAUGGCUGCUUGUACCUCAUAUUGCAUCCAAUGCUGAGGAAACAAAUGUACUUUUCAAGUGGUGACAGAUUGAAUUAUUGAAUUAAAUCACUUAAAUAUAAACCAGAUAUGCCAUCUUUCUUUAUUUUCAGUUUAAUAAAUGGCAUCAUAAAAAUGACUCAUUGCUAAGUUGAUAAUACUUCUGGAAAUGUCAGCAUAAUGGAGUUUAAAAUUUUUUAAUAUUGGUCAGAAUAUUUAUAAUGAAAUAUUAUUAAGUAGGACUAUGACUUUCCUAUAUAUUAUUUAUCAUUGGUCAGAAGGUUGUUCUGAUGAAUUAAUAUUAUGCAAUGUAAUCUUUAGGUGUUAUUAGAAAGUGGAGAACUGCCUUUCUCAUCCAGGGUUUAUAAGGACUUGCUAUAAGUGGUCAUUUGUAAGUGCUAAAUGAACUUUCAUGAUUUUCUAUUUGUGAUGAAUUCAGCUAAUAGUUAAUGUCAGAAUUUCUUACCAUGAGUAAAUAUUUGAAUUUUUAAAAAUUUAAAUCUAGUGAAGAAAAGUUAUACUUCCUGGAAGGAUUAGGAGAUAAGUAGAAAUACACUUUAAGUUAUUAAAAAUGUUUGUUGUUCUCCUAAAUAUUAACAAAAAUUAUUUGAGAUAAUUUACAUAGUUUGGUUAUUUGGCUUAGGUUUAAACUGUGGCAUGCUGUUGAUAGAUAUUGUUUCUAAUUGUUUGAUAUGGUUUAAAAAUUCUGCCUUUUAAGAAAUUCAGAAAAUCCACCUGACACAUAUUUUGGGCUCCUAAGAAAUUUAUAUUUGCAUCAGUAUUGAAUUUUGGCUAGUGCUCCAAUGUAAGGAAGUUACUAUUUUAAAAUAAAGCAAACUAUUAUUUCCCUUGGA